AUGCGGGAGGCUCUGGGAGCGCCAGAACUGAAGCCAACGGCCGUCCGUGCCUGGGCAUCAAAUCAUACGCAAAUGCUUUUUGAGGGCGUUUUCCAGGAAACUAUCGCUUUCGAGGAAAGAGCCCGUUUGUCUGACAUUUAUGUGUCGAAGUCAGAUGCUGAUCUUCUUGGAAAUAAGACUAUAUCACAACUGGGUCUCUGGAAUCGGCCAUUUCAGGAGAUAUGCUAUGCGUUAUCAGUUGAUGAAGCAGCGCAGGUGAUGCUGACCAUUAAAACACAUAAGGUGUUGUUCAAAUAUCCUCGCCUCAAUUAUGGCGUGAAGACGACACCUAGUAUCUUUCAGCAGUUAAUGGACACCAUGCUUACAAAUUUCCCUGGAACUGUGGCAUAUCUGGAUGACAUUUUGGUUGUCGUCCGUACGAACGAGGAAUUGCUCGAGAGAUUUAACAAGGUCAUGGAAAAUCUUAUUGACUACGGCUUAACAAUCAACAUGGAAAUGAGCCAGUUCCUGCGGAAAGAAAUUCGAUACUUGAGUUUUGUGGUAAGUGAGGCAGGACGAUCACCAGAUCCAGAGAGAGUUGCCGAAUUUAAGAAUAUGAAGGUGUAUGAAUAUGAAGGUGUACUGUCAUACUGUUGUCCUCUUCUUCCGAACAUGUAG